AUGUCGCCUCUAAUGGCCGCGGCAGACAUGGCCGUGGAACAUCUUAACAAGGAUCCAAGCUUUUUCAGUUUGCAGUCCCGUGGGUACCGGUUCAAGGUUGUCACCGGCCGAUCAGACUGUUCAAAUGUUGAUGGACUGUAUCAACUGGUGAAAUUGGCAACCCUUAACAACAACACCAGAGAAAGUUUGGACGCCGUAAUAGGGCCACAAUGUGACGCGGACUGUGAAAACGUCGCUCGCUUAUCUUCUGACUGGAAACUGCCAAUGAUUAGCUUCAGCUGUAUGUCGGACAACCUCUCCGACAAACAGAAGUACGCUUUCUUCUCGCGAACCAUCACAAAGUUAGAUGGGAUUUAUCGCUUUGUGAGGGCAGUUGUAACACAUUUUGGAUGGGAUCAUGUCACAUGUAUCGCUCCUCGGACGAAUGUGGCUAAACUCUUAAAGGCUAAACUGGAGGAAGACAAUUUCACAGCUGCAGCCUUCAGUGGAUCUUUCCACGAACACGGGAAUCUGGCCAUUCAUUUCCUCAGGAAACUGGCGUCAAACUCUAGAGUGUUCGUCCUCUUCGGCAACAAUGAAGACAUAGGGGAUACAUUGCUACUGGCAGAUGAACUCGGUAUGUUGAAUGGGGAUUUUGUGUUUAUGACGGUUUUGAUGAGCAGAGAACUGUUGCUGGCAGGACAGAGCGACCGUGCGAGGAGAUCAGCUCUGGACAUAGCUAUGGAAGGACUCCUGGACAUAACAUUUGAGGACGACUACAACCACACGGAGUAUUUACUCUUCUAUCAAAACCUGUCGAACGCCUUGAUGAGCGGUGCUCAAAGCAACAUGUAUUUCACGCCACGUUUGAUAUUCGACUCUUUCUACGCCUACGGACUUGCAGUACAAGAGGCAAUAGAAGAUGGUUUUGAACUUGAAGAUCGUCAGGAAAUUUUUAACCGAAUUUAUCCCAGAGUUUUCCUUGGUGAGUAA